ACUGGUCGCGGAGUGGGCUAUCGAAGAAGUGCCACCAUUAGCACAGCAACAGCAGAUUGCGCGGAUUUUUCUUAUUUCAGCAAUAAAGGUGUUUUUUCAACAAUUCUCGAUUGCAAAUCACAAGUUAAGGUAGUUAAACAAGCUUAUAAGAUCACUAAUAUACCCCAACGGUGCUAUAAAAUUGGAACCUUGCCUUAUUGACGACAUUGACUAAACUAGUUAAAAAAAGAUUAAAAACAACCAAAAUAACCACAUAUACAAAUUAACCAAUAUGAACUCCACUCAAAGCCCGGUUUAUCGCACCUCCGUGGAGCAAAAGCGGCAUGCUCAAGAUGUGGCCAAAAGACAGCGGCUGGGCAACAAAAUGCCGAGACUUCGCGAAAUGCUGCGAGAGAAAUACCGCAAGCGCAUCAUAGAAACGCGCAAUAGAUGCACGGAUGCCCAACGAGAAAUCCAACUGUCCGAACUCAGGGAAAUCCUGCGCCUAGAACUCAGUGAGCUGGAGAAGGAUGUGGAGCUGGAGGAGCUGAUCCUGGAGGAGCUACUCUCCGAUGUCAACGAGUGGUAUGCCCUGGGCGAAAAGAAUCUGGAAACGCUCUACGUAGAGCCCGAUGAGCAGCAAAAGGAGGUUCUGUGCCCAGUUUGUCAGAUGAAAAACCUACGCCAUCACAAAGGUGCCUUCAUCUGCGAGUGUGGCAUCCGCUUCGAGCACUCUGCGAACAUGGAACAGCUGCAGAUACUGCUGCAACAACAAAUCGCCAGCCAUGAACUUCAGUGCACUCAGGCACUGCGAUUCUUCAUCGAACCCGCUUCGGGACACCUAUACGACAUGUGCGGCAGCUGCGACUACUUCUCCUCCGUCUAGGUCGUCCAUGGAGCUGGUUUCCACCGCUGACUGCUGCUAGCUAGUUUAAAGGAGUUUAUAGUUAUAUUAAGAUAAGUUACAUAAGUUAAACUUCAGGCAGUCUUAUCAGUUUGGAAAAAAAGAGAUCUGCACAGAAGAUUUUUUAAACCCGAAGGCAUUAUAUUGAUAUUAAAUUGUUAAAACAGUGAUAGAUGAUAUUCCUCCCUAAUUAAUCUAAAUCCAAAGAAUGCUAUGAGUUAUGGCUAGAAAUGAGAUCUUUAAGCAUAUUGUUAUUAUUGCAGAACAGAUUAAAAUCUUAGGAAUUACAGAUUUAUAAAGUGUACUCUAGGCUCUUAAAAAAUUCAAACAAAACUAUUCUUCUAAUGUGACAUUCUAGACUAAGUUUGUUUUAAGAAUAUUAAACGUUCUCUUCGGUUUUCUUGUAAAGUUUAA